AUGUAUAUUAAUGAGAAUGCUAAGCAGUCUCUUGCAAUUAACCAACAAGUCACGAUGAGUUUCACGGAUAAGGUGGUAAUAAUAACCGGUGACAGCAGCGGAAUUGGCGCUAGUGCAGCUAAAUUGGACUUGCUCGCCGCGUCAGCGGCACAAUGCAACUCACCCCUCGUGGUCCGCGCGGACAUCACCAUCGAAAGCGAAGCCCAGCGUGUCGUAGACGAAAAAAUUAAAAAGUUCGGCCAGAUCGUCGUUUUAGUAAACAACGCCGGCGGAAUACCGUUGACAAUUGGUCUUCUAGAAGAUGGCGUGAUGAAAGUCUUCGACGAUGUUAUAAAGCUCAAUCUUCGUUCCGUUGUUCAUUUAACGACCCUUACAGCGCCGUACCUAAUUAAAUCUAAAGGUAAUAUUGUGAAUAUAUCGACCAUGGCCGGAGUGACGCCACCUGUUGGUCCAGGGAUGUCGAGCUACUGCGUCACAAAAGCAGGCUUGAAUCAUUUUUUUUUUACCGUCUGUGACGCAGUCGAGUUAGGCUCUCAUGGUGUGAGGGUGAAUACAAUCAAUCCUGGACUUGUCCGGACCAACUUUAUACAGAAUGCUAAGUAUCCUGCCACCUAUGAAGAUUUCGGCCAGAAGACGCUUCUUAAAAGAGUAUCAGAGCCGGAGGAAAUAGCCGAUUUAAUUUUGUUCCUGGCGAACAGUAGGGAGAAAGGUGUAACAGGCGUCAACUGGUACAGCAACAACGGUUUUGCUUUAAAACGUUAG